GCGGAAAGGGUAGUUUGCGUAUACAUGUACACAGAGGAAAAAAGCAGUUCCUAAAAUGUCUUGAGCGUUUCUUUUUUUUUCAGCCACUUCAGAGACAGGACUGAUGGUUCUCGCUCCCUGACACACCAAAAUAACUGUUUUGCUGGGAAUGCCUCCACUCCUGAUUAAUAGCAGUUCACAUGAACAGGCUGCUGUACAUUAUGCACCAGAAACCAUUGGCUCCCUUGCUAUCUUCAUCCUCGUUUUCAUCAUAGGUAUUCCAGGCAAUGGGUUGGUUAUCUGGGUAGCUGGUCUGAAAAUGAAAAGGUCUGUGAACAUUGUCUGGUUCCUAAACCUUGCUGUGGCUGACUUCGUGUGCUGCUUAUCUUUGCCAUUCUACAUUGUUCACUUGUUCCUCCAUGAACGCUGGCCAUAUGGUUGGUUCCUCUGCAAAAUCAUUCCAUCGAUCAUAAUCUUCACCAUGUUUGCUAGUGUUUUUCUGCUCAUGGCAAUCAGCAUUGACCGGUGCCUCCUUGUGAUGAAACCUGUCUGGUGUCAAAAUCAUCGAACGGUGAAAUUUGUAUCACUAGUAUGCAGUGGCAUAUGGAUCCUGGCCCUCAUUUUCUGUUGUCCUGUCUUUCACUACCGUGAGAUCGUCAACAGAGAUGGCAAAACUGAGUGUGGGUACAAUUUUGGAGAUAAUGAAAUGCUAGAUUAUAUGGAUAACAUUGAUCCUAUAACUAAGUUAUUGGAAGAAAACUCACCUUUAGUACCGACUAUCAUGUAUGCUAGCACCAUCUUCACUCAUCAGCCUGCUGACAAUUAUCCAGAUUUCCAGGCAAAGAGUAUAACCACCAACAAAGACGCAACCACAGCAGCUCACCUUUUUUAUGCCUCUGUAGAUAUGCACUCCCUAUUAACUUCCACUGCCUAUCCUGACAUCAGGCUAUUGGAAUCUGGUAGUGAUCUACCUAAUACUAACUUGUCUGUACCAUCCGAUGCUGACCUCCAUUUAAAUCUACUUGACCUUCCUGAUGUUUUGCUUGAUUUUGACAGUAACUACAGUGGUAAUGCCUCACUGGGAAAUUUUGAUGUGGAUCAUUAUCCUGUACCCUUCGCCUUAAUGAUAAUAACUAGGGCUGUCUUCGGCUUCAUGCUCCCCUUUGUCGUAAUGACAGUUUGCUAUGCUCUUAUUGCUUUCAGAAUGCGUGCAAGUCAGUUUCAUAAGCCACAAGGCAAGAUGCUGCGAACAAUCACGCUUGUGGUAGCUGCAUUCUUCAUCUGUUGGGUUCCAUACCAUGUAGUUGGGAUUCUGUUCCUUGUAGCUACUCCUGGGACAGGACUGAAGUUACUGAUCCUCUGGGAUCACAUCUCUACAGCACUUGCAUAUGGUAACAGCUGCAUAAACCCUCUGCUCUAUGUUUUUGUGGGUCGGGACUUCAGGGCAAAGGCACAGCAAACAGUGCAAGGAGUCCUGGAAGGAGCCUUUACUGAUGAACCAACACACUCAACCCCUUUCUCCUUUGCCAAAAGCAAGACUUCAACGGACAAGGAUGUUAGCAGCACAGUCUAAUGCAGGACUUCACCAAUGCAGAAAGAAAGAGCUCUGUACAUCAAUUCUCUGCUUUUUUUUUUGCUCCAA